AUGUCUGUGAUCCUGGAGACCAGCAAGGGAGACAUCGUCAUCGAUGUCUUCGUGGACGAGUGCCCAAAGGCUGCCACUAAUUUCCUCAAACUGUGCAAGAUCAAGUACUACAACAACUGCCUGUUCUACAACGUCCAGCGGAACUUCAUCGCCCAGACAGGCGAUCCCACUAAUACUGGCAAGGGUGGGGAGUCUGUUUACGGGGUGCUCUACGGGGAGCAGGCCCGGUUCUUCGAGGAUGAGAUCCGACCAGCGCUGAAGCACAAGAAGAAGGGCAUGGUCGGCAUGGCCAGCGUCGGCCCCGACGCCAACGCCUCCCAAUUCUACAUCACCACCGGGGAGGAGCUGCAGAGCCUGGACGAGAAGCACACCAUCUUCGGGGAGGUGGCGGAGGGCUGGGAGGUGCUGGAGGCCAUCGACGACGCGCCGUGCGACGACGAGGGUCGCCCGCUGCAGAACAUCCGCGUGCGCCACACCAUCGUGCUGGACGACCCCACCCCCGACCCGCCGGCGCUGGCUGUGCAUGUCCCCGACGCCUCCCCGCCGCCGCAGUUUGCAGAGGACGGGCGGCUGGAGGACGACUGGGAGCCGGGGGAGGACGCGCGGCCUGCGGAGGAGGUGGAGCGUGCGGGGCGCGAGGCGGAGGCGCACAACCGCGCGGUGGUGCUGGAGAUGAUCGGGGACCUGCCGGAGGCGGAUGCCAAGCCGCCGUCCAACAUGCUCUUCAUCUGCAAGCUGCACCCCGUGACCAGCGAGGAGGACCUGGAGACCAUCUUUUCCCGGUUCGGCAACAUCACCUCCUGCGACAUCAUCCGCGACUGGAAGACGGGGGACUCGCUGUCCUACGCCUUCAUCGGCUUCGACACCGAGAAGGCGUGCGAGGAGGCCUACUUCAAGAUGAACAAUGUCCUCAUCGACGACCGGCGCAUCAAGGCAAGCUCGUCAUUGGCAGGGGGGGGCGCAGUGGACUUCAGCCAGAGCGUGCACCACCUGUGGCGCCAAUUCAAGCGCUUUGGGAAGAAGGGGAACGCUGAGCUGGCAGACGCGGCAGCCGGCCACGACCGCGGCGGCAGGGACGCAGGCACAUCAGGCCGGCUGGAGCUCAAGGAGCAGUUCCGUGGCCCAACACUCAAUCACGGGAGGGGCAACAGGGAGGGCUACGGUUUAAUCCUAGAUCAUUACGAGGUACGUGGGGAGGGGAGACCCUUUCCCUGGUUCGAUUGA